GCAGGCUGGAGGAACAGAGCGGAGAGCUGCGUCUUCACAGCCGGAUCACUGGGACCUGUUCACCGAGUCCGGACAACUUUCACCGGGCUGCGCUUCAGUAGGAGCCGGGAAACAGCUGGAGCUCCGGACGCGGACGGAAAGUGUCAUUUGUGAAUCAGAUCCAAACUUUUUUUGUGUUUGUUUUGAGGAGCAGGAGGGUCAUCAGAGUGUCUGAGACUGAGGAGCCUCAUCUGAGCUGGAGGCAUGUCUGGAUCAUACUGCAAAAGUUUGUACCCCUUCAGCGGAGAGCAGCACCAGCAGGGGCUCAGCUUCGACACCGGGGAGGUCAUUAAGGUGGUCCAGGCUCUGCCCGGAGGAUGGUGGGAGGGGGAGAAGGAUGGAGCCCGGGGAUGGUUCCCCUCCAGUUAUGUCCAGGUCCUGGAGAAGACGGCAUCCUUGAGCCAGCUUCCAGUUGAGGACCUCAGAGACCCCCUUCCUCCCCAGUGGAGGUGCUACAUGUCUCCACAAGGCCGAAGAUACUACGUCAACACCACAAACAACGAGACGACGUGGGAGAGACCUUCCAGUGCUCCUGGAACUCCAAAAACCUCCCUCCGACACAAGAACUCCCUGCCAGCAGUGAAUGGAUUUCAUUCAGGUGGUAGCCCCUUGCAUCAUGUGGAGCAUUCACACAACAGUCUGGUGAGGAAGAGCAGCACAGAGCCACAGCAGAGCCCGGGAUCAACGUCGCCCACCAGGAAGCAGAAUAAGGAGACUACAGUCACGAUUAACUGUGUGACCUUCCCAUCGCCCGUGAGUUUGGUGGAGCAACAGCUGCUGAAACCGAACGAAUGGAGCUACUGCGACUACUUUUGGACCGAUAAAAAGGAUCCCCAGGGCAACGGCUCUAUCACAGGAUUUGAGGUUUUGCUGCAGAAACAGCUGAAGGGGAAACAGAUGCAGAAAGAGAUGGCCGAGUUCAUACGAGAAAGGAUAAAGAUAGAAGAGGAAUACGCCAAGAAUCUCUCCAAGCUCUCCCAGAUUCCUUUAGCGAGCCAGGAAGAAGGGACUCUGGGGGAGGCUUGGGCCCAGCUGAAGAAGAGCCUGGCAGACGAGGCUGAAGUUCACCUAAAGUUCUCCUCCAAGCUCCAAAGUGAAGUAGAGAAACCCUUUCUGACCUUCAGAGAGAACUUUAAGAAGGACAUGAAGAGGUUUGACCAUCACAUUGCAGACCUGCGGAAGCAGCUGGUCGGCCGCUACGCAGCAGUGGAGAAGGCUCGCAAAGCUCUGGCUGACAGACAGAAGGAGCUGGAGUUGAAGACUCAGCAGCUGGAGAUAAAACUCAGCAACAAGAUUGAGGAAGACAUCAAGAAAGCCCGCAGGAAAUCCACACAAGCAGGAGAUGAUCUGAUGCGCUGUGUGGACCUUUAUAACCAGUCUCAGUCCAAGUGGUUUGAGGAGAUGGUCACCACGAGCCUGGAGCUGGAGCGUCUGGAGGUGGAGCGGAUUGAAAUGAUCCGACAACACCUGUGUCAGUACACGACUCUGCGACAUGAGACGGACAUGUUCAACCAAAGUACGAUGGAGCCGGUGGACCAGCUCCUGCAGUGUGUGGAUCCGGGUAAAGACCGAGAGCUGUGGGUGAGGGAGAACAAGACCGGGGAGAUCAGACCAGUGGACAUCGAGAUCUAAGACGAGGCGGACGAAGGCUCUGCAGAUGCACACGUUAAUAACAGGAGCUCACACACUGACACAGCCACCCACAGACAGCAUGACGAGUGGGAGUGGGAGUGUCCCCCUCUGAGGCAUGUGUGACUCCUGACAGACUGAGAUCAGACCCUGCUGAGGAAGAGGAGGACGUCAGUGUUAA